AAACUUAAAGAUAUCGAAAAACAAGUAGAAAACGGCUUAAUAGCAUUGCGUGCUGAAUAUAAUAAAGAUGCUACUUUGGAACAAAAAAUGAAUGAACUUGUUGAAUUGUGUAAAGAAUUUGGAAAAGAACUACCAAACUUUAGAAGCAAAAAAUUUCAGACAAAAAAAUUAAAAUCUACAAAAGAAAAUGAAAGUUCUUAUGAAAAAAUGAAAUCAAGACAUAAAAAAAUCGAUCGUUGUAUGGAUCUAAUGAGAAUUAAAGAAUUAACUUUUGAAAAAAAACUAGAAAGGUUACUUCACGAAUGUUUUUUAAGAAGACAAGAAAAAAGAAAACAAGAAAAAAAAGAAACAAAAGAAUUUAACCCAAAUUAUUUUGAUACUAUUGUCCAAAAAAUGCAAAGAUGUUUGUAUUAUCUUGAAAAUGUUUACUAUAGUGAUAACGAAGAUGAUAAUUUAAACUUAAUUCUUGAAACAU